AUGAUGAUUUAUUUGUAUAUAUGCAAACUUCUACCAUCUUUAAAGAGUUGGCUUUGCCAAAUAUAUUGCAAUUAAUUCAGAAAUAUUAGUGUAAUUAGAUUUAAAUAUUCUUAGAUUAUAGGUCCUAUAAUGGGAUUUUUGUAUUUUCAAUGUUUUUGA